AUGACGUGUAAAUACCUGGCUUUCGAGGAAAAUUUUUCGUACGCCCAAAAUUUACGAGCACCUCCCAACGUCAUACUCGUGAAGUGGAAUAACACUCUGUCGGAGACUUAUAGACUAACAAGUGGAGUGAGGCAGGGUGGUCUGACGUCGCCAGUCUUAUUCAACUUAUACAUAAACGAGCUGAUCGAGGAGCUGAGCAGCACCAGAGUCGGAUGCCAGGUCGGCGGAGUGCGCGUUAAUAAUCUUAGUUAUGCAGACGACAUGGUGCUGCUCAGUCCUUCGGUCAACGAAAACCUAAUGGAUGAUGACGAUAUGGAACGACAGAGGCGCAGUAUAGCCUGUAGGAGUAACAUGCUAGCCAGACGAUUCUACCACUGCUCCAAACAGGUUAAGGUGACGCUGUUCAAGGCGUACUGUCAGUCGUUCUACACCAGCCAACUCUGGUACCGGUUCACGAGAAGUGCGUUCAACACUCUUCGUGUACUAUAUAACAAUGCUUUCCGGGUAAUGAUGAACUUGCCCUGGCGGUGCAGUGCGACUGACAUGUUCGCUGAGAACAGAGUUGCAGGUUUUGUCGCACUAGUGCAAAGGCUCAGGGUAUCAUUCUACAGCAGAGUAGCCCUGAGUAACAACAACAUUGUGUCCUCUGUUUUCCAUAACGUCUUUCUAAAAAGAGAGAUUAAAGAUUUAUAG